UGCACAUGACUGUCUUGUAUGAUAGCCAAUGAGCUUCUGAAAAGAUUAAUAUGCAGCUUUAGUGGGAAGAUUCAAUCUAUCAUGCAAAAAAGUCUGUGCGCAAAUUACUGUAGUGACACGUGCGCCCGUGCGUAAAGAGAGCGUUGUAGAGUUUACAAGUGAAAGUUAGCGUUGAGAGAUUAUACAGGUGAAAAAUGGCAAAAAGGAUGAUAAAAACAAAGUUUACACUUGACGAAGUUGUUGAAGAAUGUACUCGGCGUAACAGUGAUCAAUCAGAGGAUGACAUUUCAGACGAAGAGAACGAUGUUUCAUCCAUUGACACGGUUGCAGAGGACCUGUUUUUGGAUGGCGGAGACGUCACUCUCGACAAACAAUCAAAUGAAACGGAUGAAGACUGGGAGCCAAGCAGCAAAAAGCCAUAUACCAACAGGCAAGACGACAGCACCUCAUCGGAAGAUAAGCCCCAAACCUCACCUACCCAGAGAGAUUCUGCCAGCAAAAGACCAAGAGGCAUAGGACGGGCUAGAGGAAGAGGGAGAACGGCCAGCACCAGUGGUCAAGCUGAGAUGUCAAUCCCCACAUCUGAAGAGAGAUGGAAUGAUGUUGAUGUUCCAGAUGUGACACCACCACAACCCACCUUCAGACCCACCAAAUCACCAGGCCCCCAGCUCAUACGUACAGCUAACUACACCGCUUUACAGCUUUUUCAACUUUUUUUUACAAACUCUGUGUUACUGACAAUAAUUAAAAACACCAAUGACUUUGGCUCAACUGCAGUUGGCUUCCACCAGCAGUGA